CCGCCGGAAGGUUCUCAUGAGGAACCACUCAGAUUCCUGUCACUUCUCAAGGCAUCUCCGUCGUGAACAUGGCCCUGCCACCCUUCUUCGGCCAGGGUCGCCCAGGCCCACCGCCCCCGCAGCCGCCGCCUCCUGCUCCUUUCGGCUGUCCGCCACCGCCGCUGCCCUCCCCGGCUUUCCCGCCGCCUCUCCCCCAGAGGCCCGGCCCUUUUCCGGGGGCCUCCGCCCCCUUCCUUCAGCCUCCGCUGGCUCUGCAGCCCCGAGCCUCCGCGGAGGCCUCCCGCGGCGGAGGCGGCGCUGGCGCCUUCUACCCGGUGCCACCACCGCCGCUGCCUCCUCCGCCGCCCCAGUGUCGGCCCUUCCCGGGGACCGACGUCGGCGAGCGGCCGCGGCCACCGCCUCCCGGCCCGGGGCCGCCCUGGAACCCGCGGUGGCCUGAGGCGCCGCCGCCGGCCGACGUGCUCGGGGAUGCGGCCCUCCAGCGCCUGCGCGACCGGCAGUGGCUGGAGGCGGUGUUCGGGACCCCGCGGCGGGCUGGCUGUCCGGUGCCCCAGCGCACGCAUGCCGGGCCCAGCCUUGGCGAAGUGCGCGCGCGAUUGCUCGGGGCUCUGCGCCUGGUGCGGCGGCUGCGCGGCCUGAGCCAGGCCCUGCGCGAGGCCGAAGCCGACGGCGCGGCCUGGGCCCUGCUGUAUUCCCAGACCGCGCCGCUGCGCACGGAACUGGCCGAGCGGCUGCAGCCGUUGACCCAGGCUGCCUAUGUGGGCGAGGCGCGGAGGAGGCUGGAGAGGGUCCGGCGCCGCCGGCUGCGGCUUCGCGAGAGGGCCCGGGAACGCGAGGCCGAGCGGGAGGCAGAGGCCGCGCGGGCAGUGGAACGCGAGCAGGAGAUUGACCGCUGGAGGGUGAAGUGUGUGCAGGAGGUGGAGGAGAAGAAGCGGGAGCAGGAACUCAAAGCAGCCGCUGAUGGUGUACUAUCUGAAGUGAGGAAAAAACAAGCAGAUACCAAAAGAAUGGUGGACAUUCUUCGGGCUUUGGAGAAAUUGAGGAAACUGAGGAAAGAGGCUGCAGCGAGGAAAGGGGUCUGUCCUCCAGCCUCAGCAGAUGAGACUUUUGAGCAUCAUCUUCAGCGACUGAGAAAACUCAUUAAAAAGCGCUCUGAACUGUAUGAAGCUGAAGAGAGAGCCCUCAGAGUUAUGCUGGAAGGAGAACAAGAGGAAGAGAGGAAAAGAGAAUUAGAGAAGAAACAAAGAAAAGAAAAAGAGAAAUUUUUACUUCAGAAACGUGAAAUUGAGUCCAAGUUGUUUGGGGAUCCAGAUGAGUUCCCACUUGCUCACCUCUUGGAGCCUUUCCGACAGUAUUACCUCCAAGCCGAGCACUCCCUGCCAGCGCUCAUCCAGAUCAGGUCAGAGGGGCUGGCUCUCCGUGUUGUCUUUCCCUUAGGUAGCAGGAAGCACUUGAAGAAGUGCUUACAUUGUUUAGCUCUAUUACUGUCUUUUUUUUUUUUUAAGUUCUAUAAGGAACUUAAAAAAAAUUAUGGGUUUAUAAUGUUUCCAUGUUUCAAGGAUGCUGCAUACAUCUUGUUUAGUCCUCAUUAAUCCUUGAGAAGUUAAUGUCCCUAUUUUUAUAGAUGAAGAAACAAACUCAGGUUGUGACUUGCCCUUUGUAUUAUCCCGUGUUAUAGAUGUUAUUGCUGUUAUAUUGAUUUAAAGCAUUGGUUUCCUUUUCCAAAUUAUCUUCUGAUGCUAACCAGACCCAGGAAAAAGAAACCCUUCACUACGUACUUGCUUGUGGAGACGGUUUAAGACCCUGGCUGACUUCUGAGCUCUUACAGGUCAAAGCCCAGAAACUUAGGAACAAGGAGGCUCAUCUGAAUCUGCAGUUCUUAAGGAGCUAGGCAAAGUUUUCAGCUCUCUGGGUCUCUCUUUCCUCACCUAUAAAAUGAAGACAGUUGACUAGACUGUGGUCUUCAAACUUGAGCAGCAGCACUCUUCCAAAAUGCAGUCUUUUGAGGAAAUAAUAUGUAAGAUAAAUGAAAUGAAUGGGUUCCCGAGGCAGUAUAAAUCUGUUGUUGCCUAGAAGCACUUUGUUGUUUCUAGACUCCCCUAAACAUCUGCUUGGGGCCUAGGGGUCUUCAAAGUGUGAUUUGAAAAUCACUGAACUAAGUGAUCUCUGAUGUCCCUUCCAAAACCUCAGCUGUUUGUGAUUCUCAUGAAGGAAUGCUCUUUAGCAUAUCAAGUUUAUGUUCUGGGAAAAGUUUAUUUUUUGCUAGUAAACAAGUUUUAGCUUUUAAACAUAAGUACAGUCGAUUCUCAUUAUUCAUGACAGCUAUAUUCUCUAAAGUCACUGCAAACACUGAUUUCAGAAUACUGAACAUCACUCCUAAAGGAAACAUAGGGUUAGGUAGAUUCCUGUGAGCCUUGUGGUCACAGUGUUUUUGUCAGCUGAUCAAUACCUUGUUGUAUGUGUGUUUCUGUUAAAGACACCUUAUUUAAUAUACGUUGUCGAUUUACUAACAUUGAACUCAUGACUAAUAGCACUAUACCUCAUGCGUAAAUGAAGCUUACCUGACACACUUUCUCCACAAAGCACAUCACAGCCUUCUUGCCAUUAGGAACACUACACUUGGGGCCAUUUUAAACAGUAAAGUCAUCAGUAAAAAGUGCAAAAGUAUGGAAAAUGUGGCACUAAAUAGAGAAAGGAACCCAUUUAUAUUAAUAGUAUGAGUUGAAAACAAGAAGGCAGAAUAACUGUUGCCUUCUUUAAUCUCAACUGGGAACAGUUCAUUUUCAUGACUCAGAUUUUUUUGCCACUCUGUGUGUCUACGAGUAUCCAUGAAAGAGCUACAAGUGAUUAUGUGGGGGCUACAAAUAAAUUUUAGUUAAUAGGCACAUAUGCAAAUACAGAAUCUGUAAAUAAUGGGGAUUGACUUUAUUUAUUAUUUGGUUAUCCAUAAGGUUAUAAGUUCUUCAGAGUUUUUCCUCCUUUUAUGUGUACGUUUAAGAAAUAUAGUCAUUUUCUUGAUUCCUAGAAAUCAAGUUCUGUAAUAGAUUAGUAUAUCAGUCAUUUGAAAGCUAAGUCUUAGAAUAUGUAGUUGCUGAACAUCUUAUUUGGAAUAAAACAGAAAUAAAUAGUUGUUCUAUAAUGUUCUUAUUAAGGCAUGAUUGGGAUCAGUACCUGGUGCCAUCCGAUCAUCCCAAAGGCAACUUCGUUCCCCAAGGAUGGGUCCUUCCCCCGCUCCCCAGCAACGACAUCUGGGCAACUGCUGUUAAGCUGCAUUAGUAAAGAUGCUCCAGGAGUGUGGUCCAGCCAACGCUCUUUCCAGCUGUAAAUAUUAGCGAUGGUACCAUCUUUUGCUGUAGACUAAACUGCAACUUCUAAAUUCCAUGUGGCAUUCCCCUACCCUGAAGUUAUGCUUUCCUUCUGUGCUCUGUGCUGGCCAGAGGUGCCUCUUGAAUCAGAUUAAUGUGGUUCUUCAGGAAAGGACUUAGGUGAACUGAGGUUUUUACCACAGGCAGUGAAUGACCUUGGUUCACCAAAUUUGCCUCUGUUUUGAGGGGCUUGGUCCAGAGUGACUUGUUAAUUUACUCUAACUUCCUUGUGUGUUGAUGGGUAAGUACACUCAAACACUGAAUACAGGUGUGCAAUGGGUAGAUUCACAGCUCUUCCACUAAUAGUGAGUGUGAAGGCAAGUUUGAUGCAAAACCUCCUGCCCUUCCUACCUGAAGAGCCCUUUGACUUCUAGGAAGAAAGGUCAAAAACGUGUUAUCUUCAGUUUUGUUAAUCCCAGUUUUAGUGCAGUUUAGGAGGCUGCUAGUUAGGAAGAUGGCAGUGGCUGUAGGCUGGGUUGCCAGAAAAGAUGGUGGCCUAGUCUUAUUAUUCAGGUGGAGAACUUAGAAAACCUGAAGAGUACCCGAAUUGGAUUGUGUUUUAAUGGACGAUGGCCGUAUUUUUUCCAUGUUAGAAGGAUCCUAAUGAAAGCACCUGUUAUUUUUAAGUUUCUAAGGGUCUAGUUGUUCAGAAUCCCCAAGGAUAUUUCCCUAACCUCACUCAGUCACAUUGUAGGAGCCAGUGUAGCUGUGGAAUUAUCUUAGGAACUCAAGCUUCUAAAACUAUCCAUGUAGUCAAAUCUGGGGGAAAAAGCAAAUAAAAAUAGUAAAAUUUGGCCGGGCGCGGUGGCUCACGCCUGUAAUCCCAGCACUUUGGGAGGCCGAGGCGGGCGGAUCACAAGGUCAGGAGAUCAAGGCCAUCCUGGCUAACACGGUGAAACCCUGUCUCUACUAAAAAUACAAAAAAAUUUAGCUGGGCAUAGGUGGUGCACGCCUGUAGUCCCAGCUACUGGGGAGGCUGAGGCAGGAGAAUGGUGUAAAACCCGGGAGGCAGAGCUUGCAGUGAGCCGAGAUCGCACCACUGCACUCCAGCCUGGGAGACAGAGUGAGACUCCGUCUGAAAAAAAAAUAGUAAAAUUUAUUUUUUAUAUUCAUUAAUAAAUGCUGUUGUGCUUGGAGAUGAUCACUCAUAUAACAUGUCAUUUUUUUGGUUCUGUUUUGGUUUGGUUUUUGCCAAUUAUUUUAUUUCCAAAAAACUAAAUAAAAAUCAUUUUUAUUUUUUA